GUGGUUGGCGGUUUCCCCGCGUAAACGCGUCUAACUUGUAAACCUCGUCUUCUCUCCCGUCCGAUUCCAUUCUCCCCUCUCUCUUUCUGAAUUCUGAACCAUAGAGAAAUCACAGAUUAAGGUCUAAACCUUAGGUUCACGACGAAAAUGGCGACGGUGUCACCUUUAGCCAAAUACAAGCUGGUUUUCCUCGGCGAUCAAUCCGUUGGCAAAACUAGCAUCAUCACUCGUUUCAUGUACGACAAAUUCGACAUCACUUACCAGGCAACCAUCGGAAUUGAUUUUUUGUCUAAAACGAUGUACCUUGAAGAUCGGACUGUUCGUCUGCAGCUCUGGGAUACUGCAGGGCAGGAGAGAUUUCGAAGUCUAAUACCAAGUUACAUCAGGGAUUCUUCUGUUGCUGUAAUUGUCUAUGAUGUGGCAAAUAGGCAAUCGUUUUUGAACACCACGAGGUGGAUUGAGGAAGUUCGUACAGAAAGAGGCGGUGACGUUAUCAUUGUUCUCGUGGGUAACAAAACUGAUCUCGUUGAGAAAAGGCAAGUCUCGAUAGAGGAGGGGGAUAACAAAGCUCGUGAGUUCGGAGUAAUGUUCAUAGAGACCAGUGCAAAAGCAGGAUUCAACAUCAAGCCGUUAUUCCGGAAGAUAGCAGGGGCAUUGCCCGGGAUGGAGACACUUUCCUCAACAAAACAGGAAGACAUGGUCGAUGUUAACUUAAAGCCAUCAACCAAUUCAUCUCAGUCCGAGCAACAACGGGGCGGAUGCUCUUGUUAAUGACAAUGUAUACUUUCUGAAACUGCAAGGAUAGGAAGAGGGACUCAUCUACUCCGAUGGUACUUGCACAGAACAAGUAGCAGGUA